UUCUACCAGGUCACAUCCCUUUUUUACCUGUAAAGCUUCAUUCUUCAUUCCAGGCUAAGUUUGUUCCUCUGUGUGAAAAAAGGGACCGUGUUCUUGCAUUAACCAAUAUCAUCGGUUGGAAGAGUAUUUUCAUCACCUGCUUCUAAUAUGUCUUACUCAAGAAGAUCAAGGUAUUCUCAAUCACCUCUGUACAAGCGAUACAGUAGGUCUGUUUCCAGGUCUCUGUCACGGUCAAGAUCCAGGAGCUUUUCAAGGAGCCCAUCAAGGGAUGCAGAGAAUCCCGGUAACAAUCUGUAUGUGACAGGGUUGUCUCCUCGGAUUACCAAGAGAGAGUUGGAGAAGCAUUUCGCAAGCGAGGGGAAAGUGAGUGACGUUCACCUGGUUGUUGAUCCAUGGACAAGAGAAUCACGAGGGUUUGGAUUUGUGACUAUGAGAACUGUUGAGGAUGCUGAUCGGUGUGUAAAGUAUCUGAAUCGCUCUGUUCUAGAAGGGCGUGUCAUCACAGUAGAAAAGGCUAGAAGAAGUCGGGGUCGAACCCCGACACCUGGGAGGUAUCUUGGGUUAAGGACCGUUCGGGUGCGUCGUCGCUCUUCAAGCUAUUCGCCUCGGCGAUCCCCUAGUUAUUCUCCUUACAGAAGAAGCUACAGCCGAUCACCAUAUUCUUCUGAUCGCACUAGGAGUCGUUCUUAUUCUCCCUAUCACAGUCGACGGAGGUCUUACUCCCCAUAUUAUAGCCGGGACAGAUCUUAUAGCCCUUAUGCUCGACACAGGUCCUACUCUCGAUCCCGCUCGCCAUACAGCAGGUCACCUGUCAGGAGGCGUGAUAGAUCGUUCUCUCCUUAUGACUCACCUGAUGAUCGCUACUACAAAAGGCACAGAUACAGGUCCAUUUCCCCAAGUGCCUCCCCAAGGCCAAGGAGAAGUUCAAGGAGAUAUUCCCGCAGUGUGUCCCCUGUGCAGAGGAGGAGCUCAAGAAGGAGCUAUUCAAGGAGUAUUUCCCCUCGACCGAGGAGUUCACGGAGAAGGAGCUCUUCUCGAAGUCUUUCCCCUAGACCGAGGAGGAGUUCACGAAGGAGGUAUUCUCCCAGCAUCUCUCCAAGACCAAGAGGCAGUAGGAGAGGUGGUUCUUUUAAACGUGGGCGUACACCAGUUAGUGAUAGAAGCUACUCAACAAGUCCGAGUGUGAGUGCAAGUUCAAGGUCAUUUUCAAGGUCUCCUACUCCCAGAUCAGCUUCCCCUUGAAAUUUGCCGGUCGCGUGUUGGCUCAACAUUUAAUAUUCCUAGAUAUGUGGUAGUGUUGCUAAUGUAUUUGAUUUUGUUGGUUGUGUCAGGAGUAGUCUUGCGACUUUUGAAGCUUUUAUAUAUGGUAUUACGUUUAUCAUACGGUGGUGUCACUCACUAUUCUAUCCGAUGCCCAACGAAUUAGAUAAUAAUGUUAUCAGCUCCUUAUUCCCCUUUA